AUGUCACAGCCUGACAAGCACCUCCAUUGGACAGGUAGACAACAACACGUCAAGAUGACAAUAUCAUUCAUCACUCUCAAAAAGAGAAUAAACUCAAGUUUUCUCAUUUGUUUUGUACCUUUCAUAUUUUUUUUUAAAAAUAAACAUUCUUCUAUUUUACUAAUUUUUGUACUUUUUCUUUUUUUUAUUCAUUUUUACCUUUUCUGUAACUUCCUCUUUACCUCUCUUAUUUCCUUUACUCUGUUCUUUUUCUCCUUCACUUCUCUUUCUUUAUAUUUUUUCUUCUUUACUUAUACCAUUUCUUCUAUUCCUUCCCCUUCUCUCUAUUUUUCAUCACUUUCUUUAUACUCCUUUUUUCAUUACAUUUUAUCUUUUUCUUUCUUUUCUUUAUUCUGUUCUUUUUCUCCUUCACUUUUCUUUAUCCUCUUUCUUUUUUAUUUAUACCAUUUCUUCUAUCUCUAUACCUUCUCUCCUCUCUAUUUUGCAUCACUUUCUUUGUACUUCUUUUUUCAUAUCAUUUUAUCUUUUUCUUUCUUUCUUUUUAAAUUUUCCUUUUUUGCCUUUUCUUCUUUAUAUUAUUAUUUUUUCUUUUUUUUAUUAUCUUCAAAUUCAAGCUAUUUCUUCCUUUUGGAGAUUUUUCUUUUUUAA